AUGCGGAUGCUAUUGCCACAGAGCCUCCCCGCGUUCCCCGGAAACAAGCUCCCGCUCCCGUCCGUUACCUCCUUUUCUCCGUUCGCGAGCCCGUCGCAACAACGGCUGGGCGACUCCCCCUGCUCUCUCCCUUUCUCGUUCUCUCUCUUUGCCUCCCUUCCCCUUUCCAUCGCUCAAUCCCCCCUCCCCCAACCCCUUCAACACCCCCGCCCCUCCCCGUAUCUCUCACCCGCCCCUUCCCCCGCCCCUCCCCGUAUCUCUCACCCGCCCCUUCCCCCGCCCCUCACCGUACCUCUCACCCGCCCCUUCCCCCGCCCCUCCCCGUACCUCUCACCCGCCCUCCCCUCGCCCCUCUCCGCUUUCCCCCGCCUCUCCCCCCAGAAUACCAAUCUGGAGCAGUCUGAGGAGCUGGCGUUGCUACAGGCACGGGCAAGGCACCAGGAUGCAUGGAGCUGCAUAAAAGGAACCGUCUCCUCCCUCUACUCCUCCCUCCACUCUUCCCUCCCCCAGCAAUGGCAUUCCUCCACUGCUCCUGCUCCCACACACCCGGUCACCCCCCCUUGCUCUCUCUCCUCCUCCUCCGCCGCCUCCCCCCCAACCCUCUUCCAAGGUCCCCUCCUCGUCUCUCUCGUGGCGUCGCUCUCUCUUGCGCUCCUCCUCUCGCUCCUCUCCUUCCUCCGUCCGAUCUUUCUCCGCUUCCGCGCGUUGCAAGCUGAGAGAGAAGCAGCCACCGCCACUGCCAAUCCCCUCACCCCUUUUGGGGGGUUGGGAAUGGGGGUGGCACAGAGAGGAGGGGUUCAGGGCGGAGGGGGGGUGUUAACAGAUAAGACUGGUGCUGGUGCUGGUAUUGGUGAGGAAGAAAAUGGGAGAGGAGGGAUGGGAGGGGGAGGGGAUGGUGGUGUGGGGGGUCGGCCGGACCUCACACCAGAGGAUGUGGCUCGGGAUUACGAGGAGAUAGUGCGGUGCUACCAUGAGGGCAUGGCAUCGUCCUAUGAGUCCUUUCUGCGCGACAGCGGCCCCAUGUCUGCCGGCCGCUUCCAGCAAGCAUUUCCCCUGGGUCGGCCGGACCUCACGCCGGAGGACGUGGCUCGGGAUUACGAGGAGAUAGUGCGGUGCUACCAUGAGGGCAUGGCAUCGUCCUAUGAGUCCUUUCUGCGCGACAGCGGCGCCAUGUCCGCCGGCCGCUUCCGGGGCGGCAUGCCGCCCAAAUUCAGGCCCAAGCCGAAGCAGCGGUGA